CUGGUUUAAACCGAGCGGGAAGCGGCUCAGCCCGGACACGGAGCGGCGGCUGUGGGGAGAGACCCGUCCGGCAUAGCCCGGAGCCGCGGCCGUUUCACGUCGAGCUGCUGCGCCGGGAAUCGCCGGAUGGUGGGUUUCUGAACCAGGAGUUUCAUCAACAGCGGGCCCGGGUGGGCGGUGAGCCUCGUCUCCAGCCCGGGCAGGAUGAAGGUUUGACAUGGAGCACUUGACACCACCUUGCAAGGCUGGAAUGGCACACAUGGGUGUGUGUUUUACCCAAGCAGACACUUCUUCGGUAGUUCUGAGGACAGUACGGAAGCAUACGCCAUUUCGUCAGACUCCAGCUAGACGAAGGAUUUCGAGAUCAGACUGGCCAGUAGAGAAUCCAGAGCAGAUCGCACUGUUGUUGCAGAAACAAUGGCGUCUAUAUCAUCUGACACCACUGUACAGAUUCUCUUACACCAUGCUGAAGAAAUACUCAAAUGAGUUGUCCGUGUUCAUCGCUUCCGAGAAGAAAAAAGGAAUGGCAGUUGAAGUGGGAAUUGAGCUUGCUAGCAAAGCUAAAUUCUCCAUGCUUGCAGGUCUCCGAGCUACUGAAAGUGAUCCAGAGGCAGUCUUCAUACAGAUAACAUCAAAGACUCCAGUGCAACAAGCAGCUGAUGAGAAGGUGGUGUGGUCUGGGUGGCUAUGCUGUGUUGAUGGAGACUUGGGCUUCUUGGCAUCUCUCCCUGUGGAAUUCACCUGUUUACCAUUGCUUUUUGCCAAUGGCCCUGAAACAGUAACAGCUAUUGUUGGGGAAUGGUUGCAGAAAACAUUUGACUGUUACAUCAGUGCUUUCCCCAUCAGUUCUGAGAACCUGACAUGGAUGGCUGCCAUGUGGGCCAAUUGUUUUUCUGACUGUAUCCAUCGUGUAAUGGAACUAGAAUGGUCUGUGCCCCCUGUGCAACUGACCAUUUCCCUGAGUAUUCACCCAGAGGAUGCUAAGGCAUUGUGGGACAGUAUCCAUGGAGAUGAAGAUGAAAUCACUAUUGAGGAGGUAGAGUUAUUCAUGAGCAGCCUUCAUUCACAUUUCUACAGGCAUUUUGGGGUGCGGCUUGCAGCUACACGCCUGGUAAAGGUGACAACAGCUGUAGCAUCUGCUCACUGUGAUGGGAAAUUAAAGCUGUUCAACAGCAAGCAUAUAGACCAUGUGCUGCCAUUCCUAACUGAGCUGGCUUUUCAUCAGAUACAGUACCAACCUCGUCUCUGCACUAGUAUGGAUUAAAUUUGACUGGAUCACAAAACUCGUUCCUCAGCCACAACAGCAGACUGAUAUUUUUCUUCUAGAAACAACCAGUUACUGGCUGAAUGACAUGCUGACAGGAGAAAAUGAACAUGUGAAUACAGAGCUACCAAAACGUUUGACUUGCGUGCUCCCUCUAUCCAAUGCAAUAUUUUUCUCCAGGAAACCAGCUAUUCUUUACAUCCUUGGGCAGCAUAGAAACUAUGUAGCUAUCAGCUUCACCAUUUUUAAUGGAGGGACCAUAUCCCAUUUUUUAAUUUGCAUUGCACAAAACCUUAUUAAAAUACUUUCACACCUUAACGGAUGCCACUUCUGUAAUCAAUGAGUAAUUUUAAACUAAUUUUUCAUACGUAACUUCAUGAGUAGCAAAAGAUAAUUACAAAACUGUUAUAAUUUUAAUGACAACUAACUUGCUCUAUAGGGAAAACUAGAAUUUCCAAGUUUAGUAAACACCAUGCAACUACAUUUCUUUCUUCUGCAUUGCCAUAAUUUACUGUACAAUAGACAUCUAAUCUGAAGUUGUUAAUUUUA